CCCCGCCCGCGCCCGCCGCCCCCUCCGCCGCCGCGCCCGCCUUCGAGCAGGACGAACCCUUAUAGUGACCGCUCACCACCACGCGCUUCUAAGCGCGCGUCGCGGGAUGGCCGCGGCCGGCCUGUAGUGGGCUGUGUACUUGUGGAGAUGUUGCCAGUUUGCGUGGACCCUUCGCCGGUGCCUCUGCGGCGGUUCCCUAUCACUACAUGUUCAAACUGAGUCGAUCGUUCAAGCCUUAAGGUCAGAAACAAAUAACUAUUUGAUAUUUGAAGUUAUGAACCAUAGACAAACACCAACUUUCGGUAUCGGUACUUAGUGAAGAGUUGAUAUUUAAUGUAUUUGUAAUAUUACUUCCAUCGUGCGGUGGAUUCCUAGCGACGAUGAUGUUUUCUACGACAUCAGUCAUUAUGUAUUGUCUACUUGUAUCUAUCUGUGCCGAUCGUCGCUAGACGUGUGGCCGCUGCUGAUCUUACUCGGCCGACUGAGACGAGUGCGUUAUGCCUAAUAUUUGUCAAUAUAAAGCCCUCACUUUGUAUUGCCAUAAGAUGGCUUUACAUUUUUAUUACUCCUGAUUUCAGAUCAAUAUUUUGAGUAAGACUUGGUAUUUGAACUAACAUUUUCUGAAAUUACUGAUGGCCAUUAUGUGAGUUCCAGGCCUCCUCUUUUGGUAAUUGUGUAAGGUUCAAGUCUCAAGUUGUUUACUUAAAAUCAACUGUAGUUCAUGUAAACUGUUGUAAAAUGUGUAUGUUUAAGAGUUGCAUGGGAUAGGCCAUCCCUAGCCCUGAUUGUGGUUCGUUGCGGUCACCGACCCCGCCGCCUCCUGUGAAUGGGCGGGGUGUUCUAUUUGUCUUUGAUUCCCGACGUUUGUCGCGUCGUUGGAGGUAGUCGUAGUCUACCGUGUUCCAUUUCGAGUUGAAAUCGUAACUUGACCAAAAAUUUAACAAUAAAUUAAUCGUACUAGGAAACCCUGAAGGUGAAAGUUCGGUCUCGUGUCAUCCGCGCACCGCGCUUAGUGAUAUCGUUGUCAUUCCUCGUGUAUUUCAUAGUGACGACGCGUGACGUCACGGAUGACUCGUGACAUCACGACGCUGCCGGCACCACAGAUUCAUUUAACUUGACGACGCAACUAGAAUGAAAAAUAGAUUUUAGUGGGAUUUGCACCUAGUAGUGAAUAGUCAAUAAAUGAUGAUCGUGCUUUUGACCACAAUGAGACGGUGCGUUGGUUGUAGCGUUAUAUGUAGGUAAACGNGAGUGAACGUAACGCAACAGCGUUGUCAAUAUAAAACAAGAAUAAUGGAGGUAUCCGUUUACGUCAAACACCGCAAAUUCCGGUAUAUUACGACUCUUUCGCGUACACAGGUCGUAUUUAUCGAUUUCGUUUUGAGGAGUACGUUUGGAGCUGCCAAUCAAACUAAAAUCUGUUGCAAGUCUUGGCCUUGAAUGAACUUGCGUCGUGUAUGUUAAUAUACGUAGGUGUGAAGGGCCAUAAGGCAGCAGUCCCGGCCCGUGCCCCCGCACUGCCAGCGAGCCCUCGCUCGCUCUAGUCCACUGUUGUACGCAAGUCUGAUUUUGACGCUAGUCCGUUACGUAGCUUUAGUCGGUUUACUGUAAUUUGAUUACGUUCCUCGGGUAGUUCGCAACGAUGAUCAUCAUACCGCGGACAGAGUUUACCGAACCGAUUUGCUGAUGAUAGUGAGUUAUCAAUCCAAAGCCACCCUAUUCCCGCUCCGUCUAUGGUGUCCGUAAAAUUACCCUGGCUGUAUUGACUAUUUGAUCAUGUCUUUAUGCGAAUCUUUUAAUUUGGUAUAACUGUAUUUAUAAAACGUAUAAUGUCUUCGAAAAAAGUAUGUAUUGUGUUAAAAGAAGUUAUCAUGCGCAUCGUGCGGGAAAGGGGGAAGUUUUUGUAUGAUUAGCUGCUGCUGGCGGCAAGCACAAAGGAGUUUGACUCUACGCGGUAUUGAUGCGAUGGUUGCGGUAGUUUGCACAAGUUAGGUCCAGUCUCGCCGACGAGGCCCGCCCGGUCCCCAGUCCGACACAGACCGCUGUAUACACAAAUGUAAAAGGGUAAUUUCGACUUGUAAGCGAAAUAUAUUAUUCCGUUAAGAGUGAUUAUUGUUGUAUAGAUGGGUGAACCAUUACCACGUAUUAUGUAUGUCAGAUCUUUAUUUCCUCGUAAGCUUGUACUGGAUUGAAUCGUUUGCAUGAUAUUUAUUAUUAUGAAGUUCGUAAGCGACAUUUGUAAUAGUUAGUCGUAAGGAGAAUUCGAAUAUAUUAAGAAUUGUUAUAGGAAAUAAUUUUAUACUGUCUGAUCUCGUACACGCUCCAUGAGCUUAGGAAGUUUAUACUGUUCUUUGGUUGACGUGAAGACGUAAAGGAGCAGGCUCGCGGCGCCCCUGCCGAGCUGUGUGUGUCUGCUACGGGUUCUAUGUUUGUAACCUAUUGGGAAUAUUUUGCAAUUUACGAAAUUAUUCCAAUGUUUUAACUUUUUGAAAAAUUACUCAACGAAUAUGUCGUAUUGGUUGAAAUUCAAGUUGUAAAAGUGACUACUUACUACUACUUUGCCUGGCCCAUUCCCAUUUUAUUUGGGGUCGGCCCUCCGCGUCAUGCGUCUCCAGGCGGCUCGGUCCUGGGUUGUCUUACUGUUAACUUGGGCUUCUUUAAGGUCUAAGGUAAAAGUGACUACUUAGUCAAAUCAAAACUAUCAAUACCGUAUUUGAAUGGUAAUAUUUAAACUUAAUAAUUUAAAAUGUCUUAAUUAUACAUGAUUUUAAUGCAUCUAGCACAAAAUUAGAUUUUAACUAAUGUCACAGUGAACCGUUAUGAAGUUUGUGUUUUAGUUCCAAGUUUUACUCGCAAGCAAUAAGUAUCGAUGGCGGGUGGGGGCGCUCCAGCCUAGGCACGUUCUGGUUUCCCUUUAGCCACCUCACUCCUAGAUUAUUUCCCGUCCUCAUCCGGCACCUUGUUACGCGCGUUAGCGAGUUCAGUUGGGCCACCUCAUCGUACUUAUAAUUAGUCAACAUUUGUUACUAGGGCUUUUUCGUUUGAAAUACGAUCAGUAAAAUUCAAUUAAAAAAACGCAGUUACUAUGACUUUUGAGAAAUUACCUAAGAUAUCGAUCUCAAUUGAUGUUAAAAUGUCCAUGAGGUCUCUUACCUUUUUUAAAACACCCCUGGUGAAUAAGCGAUAAUAGUGCGAUAGACAAACUCUGGCAGAUAAUUACAAAACUUUCGUACGAUAUACGCAAUAACCAAUUGAUUCGUAUUUACAAAAUGAAUCAAUAUCUUGUUUGGAUUAAUUUAAAGUAAAACCAGGUAGACGUCUUGAUGCGAGUGGCCGCUGCUCGCGCGCCGUAGGCCGCCCGUUCCGUUCCCGACGCAUACAUAUCACGACCAGUUACAUUCCACUUCUGUUUGUAAAUACACCUUUCGAUUCGGAAUUGAAUUCGUUUGUAAUAUUUUUACAGACCUUUUGAGAUUACUGUUCCGCAUGUGUUUGUCUUUACUGUAUCGAUUUAUUCCGUAAGUGACAGGUGUACGAUCUCGAUCAAUGUGCGAGUCAUUUUUACUUUUAAAUUUUAAUGAUAAUAUAUGGUUUUAUACAAUUCUUUGGUUUUUCUGUCACUCCCCACUCCGAUCCCUUAUCUAAGAUUAUCACGAUCGCAGAUAUCCGUAAAAUCUCUUUAAUGGGUUAUUUUAUACUGUGAUUUCAUAGAUUAGAUCUAAAUUAUGUUAUCUACCGAUUCACUCGUUUUAAAAAAGAAUCUCUUUGAAGAGACAUGAAAUGCAUCUCGUGUGCCAUGUUUUCGGAUUUUUUAAAUAUCAAACAAUUCAAUUCCAAAGUGUAUUAAAGUUACGAGUUUAUAAAGGAGAACAGAAAUAACUAGUGGCAUGAGUGGUGUGUCGUCAAGCGUGAGUGGGGAACUGGAUAUGGACGCGUACGAGUUGCGCGUGCUACGCGAGUACUACAGCGACCACGCCUUCUUCCUGUCUACGGAGUGGUUCCUCAAGGUGCUGGCUGUUAUGGGCAGCAUCGCGCUGUCGGGCCUGUUCCUGGGCGGCGGCAGCUGCGCGGGCGCGGCGCUGGCGGCGGGCGGCGCGGGCGUGGCGCUGGCGGCGGCGGCGGCACAGGCGCUGCUGUGCGCGGCGCAGGCGUUCCAACUGCCGGCGCGGGCGCCGCGCGCCUGGCUCUUCGCUCAGUAG